AUGGCUGGAAAGCUGCUGUUCGCAUGUUUCUUUAUUGGUGGCGUAGUGCCUCCCUACUGUGAAGUGUCCUACUGCCCCUCGGACAAAACGAACGUCGGAUGUCUGCCUCCUCCACAGGCUGGAGGUCCGGCUUGUGGGGCAUCACCCUCAGUGAUACCAAUGACUGCGACCUUGCAGACUCUAAUUCUGGACCUACACAACAGCUACCGUUCGACGCUGGCUACUGGGGGCUUAGCCCCAUUCUCUCCGGCGAGGCGCAUGCCCACACUCCAGUGGGACGAUGAGUUGGCUUCCCAGGCGGGACACCUCACCCGCUCCUGUGUCAUCGCGGCGGAUAAGUGCCUCAAUACGGAACAGUUUCAGAAUACGGGGCAGAAUAUUAGGUAUACAACAACAGCAACAACAUCUGACGCAAAUACCUUGAUCCAGCAAUUCGUGGACGAAUGGUGGAAUGAGAACCGGUUCACCAACGCGGCUCAAAUUGAUAGCUUUCCCAGCGAUCCUCAAGUGCCACCGAUUCGGGAGUUCGCGCUGAUGGCCAACGAUCGCACCUGGAAGGUGGGAUGUGCCAUGCAGUUUUGGAACGAGGAACACACUAUACCCACGUACUAUUUCGUGUGCAACUACUCGUCCAACAUCAUCGAUGGGGAGGCUGUCUACGUAACAGGUACAGUAGCUUCAGGCUGUACGACCAACCAGAAUCCCCAACACCCAGGACUUUGCUCGCUCGACGAACCAUUCUAA